AGCUUGCCAUUCUUCUCUCUUCACUCCUGGGUCUGGUGAGGCAGCUCCUUGUCGCCUUUUGUUGCAUUGGCUGUGGUUAUUUCUUUCCUGUGUCUCUUCUCUGAGUUACCAAAUUGCUGUUAGCUUAAGGCCUUGCCUUGACAUAAUCAGAGAGAUGAAAGAUGCCAUAGAAAAGAGAAAAACUUCAACCAUGCUUUAUGGCAGAGACUACACCACUCCCAAGGACUGUUUUCCAUACCUUCUAAUGGAGUCUGCUCGGUAGGGACAAUCAGCUUUGCUGGCCUCAUAGUGGCAGGAAGAUCAUGACUGGCUGGAGAAACGUAUCCCAGUGAAGGAAAGAGUCUGAAUUGUAGACUGUUGUCACCUGAUUCUGGAAAUGACUUUCUCCCUGGACUUUUCUUGGCUCCGGUGGAAAUGGCGAAGUCAAAAUGGCUUCUCCCAGUCCCCUUCAGAAACCACACCGCUGCUUUCUCCGGAGACAGGCAGGCAGAGCUACAACCCAACAGAGCAACGGGUGGUGUACCCCAACAACAGUAUGUGUCACCAGGACUGGAAGAAGGUCUCCAGGAGGUACCCAGGCAACAGCAUCUGUACAACCAAGUACACUCUCCUCACCUUCCUGCCCCAGAAUCUCUUUGAGCAGUUUCAUAGGUGGGCCAACCUCUACUUCCUGUUCCUGGUGAUUCUGAACUGGAUGCCCUCCAUGGAAGUCUUCCACAGGGAAAUCACCAUGUUACCACUGGCCAUUGUCCUGUUGGUCAUCAUGGUCAAAGAUGGCACAGAAGACUUCAAGAGAUAUUGCUUCGACAGAGAGAUGAACAGUGCCAGCAUUCAAAUAUAUGAAAGAAAAGAACAAAGCUACAUGCAGAAGCGCUGGCAGGAUGUGCGUGUGGGAGACUUCGUCCAGAUGCGGUGCAAUGAGAUUGUCCCAGCCGAUAUCCUGCUUCUCUUCUCCUCAGACCCCAGUGGGGUCUGCCAUCUGGAAACUGCCAACUUGGAUGGAGAGACCAACCUCAAGCAGAGGCGUGUUGUGAAGGGCUUCUCACAACAGGAGGUGCAGUUCCAACCAGAGCACUUCCACAGUACCAUCGUGUGUGAGAAGCCGAACAAUCAUCUCAGCAAGUUUAAAGGGUACAUGGAGCAUCCUGAUGAGACCAGGACUGGCUUUGGCAGUGAGAGUCUUCUGCUCCGAGGCUGCACCAUCCGAAACACCGAGGUGGCAGCAGGCAUUGUCAUCUAUGCAGGUCAUGAGACAAAAGCCAUGCUGAACAACAGUGGCCCACGCUACAAACGCAGCAAAAUUGAGCGGCGCAUCAACACAGAUAUCUUCUUCUGCAUCGGCCUCCUCUUCCUCAUGUGCCUCAUUGGAGCUGUAGGCCACAGUCUCUGGAAUGGUACCUUUAAAGAGCAUCCUCCCUUCGAUGUGCCAGAUGCCGAUGGGAACUUCCUUUCUCCUGCCCUUGGAGGCUUCUAUAUGUUCCUCACAAUGAUCAUACUACUCCAGGUGUUGAUCCCGAUCUCCUUGUAUGUGUCCAUUGAGCUGGUAAAGCUUGGGCAAGUGUUCCUCCUUCACAACGACCUUGACCUAUAUGAUGAAGAAACUGAUUUGUCCAUUCAAUGUCGAGCCCUAAACAUUACAGAGGACCUGGGACAGAUCCAGUACAUCUUCUCUGACAAGACAGGAACCCUGACAGAAAACAAGAUGGUGUUCCGCCGUUGUACCAUUGUGGGCAAUGAAUAUUGUCACCAAGAAAAUGCCAAGCGACUGGAGAUGCCAAAGGAGCUGGACUCAGAUGGUGAGGAGUGGACCCAAUACCAAUGUCUGUCCUUCCCACCUAGAUGGACCCAGGGCCCAGCAACAAUCAGAAGCCAAGGAGGUGCCCAGCCUCUAAGGAGAUGCCACAGUGCCCGGGUUCCUAUCCAGAGCCACUCCCGACAAAGAUCCGUGGGGCGCUGGGAAACCUCGCAACCUCCUGUGGCCUUCAGUAGCUCAAUAGAAAAAGAUGUGACUCCUGACAAAAACCUCCUGAGUAAGGUGCGAGACGCUGCCCUGUGGCUAGAGACCUUGGAUACCAGACCUGCCAAGCCUUCGCACUCCACCACUGCCUCCAUUGCUGACUUCUUUCUCGCCUUAACCAUCUGCAACUCUGUCAUGGUGUCCACAACCACUGAGCCCAGAAAGAGGGUCACCACUCCACCAGCCAACAAGGCUCUGGGGACUUCCUUAGAAAAGAUUCAACAUCUCUUCCAGAGGCUGAAGCUUUUGAGUCUCAGCCAAUCAUUCUCAUCCACAGCUCCCUCUGACACAGAUCUAGGAGAAAGUCUGGGGCCCAAUGUGCCCACCAUAGACGCCGAUGAGAAAGAUGAUGCAUCUGUGUGCAGCGGGGACUGCUCCACUGACGGUGGCUACAGGAGCAGCACGUGGGAACAGGGUGACAACCUGGGGUCUGAAUCAGGCACUUCUCUGGAGGAGGGUCUGGAGGCCCCAGCUCUCAGCCUUGAUGGACCAGAGCUGUGCUACGAGGCUGAAAGCCCUGAUGAGGCAGCCCUAGUCCAUGCAGCCCGGGCCUACAGUUUCACACUAGUGUCUAGGACACCUGAGCAGGUGACUGUGCGUCUGCCCCAGGGCAUCUGCCUCACUUUUGACCUCCUUUUCACCCUGGGCUUUGACUCUGUCCGGAAGAGAAUGUCAGUAGUGGUGAGGCACCCACUGACAGGCGAGAUCGUCGUCUACACCAAGGGUGCGGACUCAGUUAUCAUGGACCUGCUGGAAGAUCCAGCCUGUGGGAAUGAUAUUGAUGUGGAAAAGAAGCUGAAGAGAAUCCGAGCCCGGACCCAAAAACAUCUGGACUUGUAUGCAAGAGAUGGCCUUCGAACCCUGUGCAUUGCUAAGAAGGUUGUAAAUGAAGAGGACUUCCAGAGGUGGGCCAGUUUCCGGCGUGAGGCUGAGGCAUCCCUUGACAACCGAGAGGAGCUUCUAAUGGAGACAGCCCAGCACCUGGAGAAUCGCCUCACUUUACUCGGAGCCACUGGGAUUGAAGAUCGACUCCAAGAAGGGGUUCCAGAUACCAUCGCUGCACUGCGGGAGGCUGGAAUCCAGCUCUGGGUUUUGACAGGAGAUAAACAGGAGACAGCCGUCAAUGUCGCACAUUCCUGCAAACUGCUGGAUCAGGCUGACACCGUGUACUCCAUUAACACAGAGAAUCAGGAAACCUGCGAGUCCAUCCUCAACUGUGCAUUGGAAGACGUAAAGAGAUUUCAUGAACCACAGCAGCCAGCCAGAAAACUCUGUGGGUACUGCAUUCCAUCUAAGAAGCCAUCUGUUAACUUGGGAGCUAUGGCUCCUGAAAUUGGACUGGUCAUUGAUGGGAAGACACUGAAUGCAAUUUUCCAGGGAAAGCUGGAAAAUAAAUUCCUGGAAUUGACUCAGUACUGUCGGUCUGUCCUGUGUUGCCGCUCCACCCCACUGCAGAAGAGUAUGAUUGUCAAGCUGGUGCGAGACAAGUUGAGCGUCAUGACUCUUUCCAUAGGGGACGGAGCCAAUGACGUAAGCAUGAUUCAAGCUGCUGACAUUGGCAUUGGAAUAUCUGGGCAGGAAGGCAUGCAGGCUGUCAUGUCCAGUGACUUCGCCAUUGCCCGCUUCAGCCACCUCAAGAAGCUCCUGCUUGUGCAUGGCCACUGGUGUUACUCGCGCCUGGCCAGGAUGGUAGUGUAUUACUUCUAUAAGAACGUGUGCUAUGUCAACCUGCUGUUCUGGUACCAGUUCUUCUGUGGUUUCUCGGGCUCCACCAUGAUCGAUUAUUGGCAGAUGAUAUUCUUCAAUCUCUUCUUCACGUCCUUGCCACCCAUCGUCUUUGGAAUCCUCGAUAAAGAUGUCUCUGCAGAAACACUCCUGGCAUUGCCUGAAUUAUACAAGAGUGGCCAGAACUCUGAGUGCUACAAUCUGCCAACAUUCUGGGUUUCCAUGGCUGAUGCAUUCUACCAGAGCCUCAUCUGUUUCUUUAUCCCCUACCUGACCUACCGAGGUUCAGACAUAGAUGUCUUUACUUUUGGAACACCAAUCAACACCAUCUCACUCACCACCAUCCUCUUGCACCAGGCAAUGGAAAUGAAGACAUGGACUGUCCUCCAUGGCCUUGUCCUCCUCGGCAGCUUUUUGAUGUACUUCGUGGUUUCCCUAAUAUACAACGCCACUUGCGUCACCUGCAACAGCCCUACCAAUCCCUACUGGUUGAUGGAAAGGCAGCUCUCAGACCCCAUGUUCUACCUCACCUGUCUCCUCACUCCAGUCGUGGCUCUUCUACCAAGGUAUUUUCUCCUGUCUCUACAAGGGACAUAUGGGAAGUCUCUAAUCUCAAAAGCUCAGAAAAUUGACAAGCUGCCCAUAGACAAAAGAAACCUUGAGAUCCAGAAUUGGAGAAGCAAACAGAGGCCUACCCCUGCUUCUGCUUCUGCCGCAGCUCCUGCCACUGGCACUGUCCACACUCAGCCCCCGUGUUGUCCAGUACCACCUGAAGCCCAGCAGGACUUUGGAGCCAGUACCUCAAAGAGCUCUAGCCCUCCCAGACAGAAGCAAGUCGAAGACUGGGUUCUCCAAGGUCCAAGGUGCAGUAGAGAGCAUUCUAAGGAUGACACGUGCUCACGAGAUACCUUGGCUAAACUUUCUUCUGGAGAAUGCCUUCUGGACCCAAACAGGACAGUGGCUCCCACUGCCUACUCCAGGGGUCAGAAGGAUGCAUCUCGACACUCAAGCAAAGGAAGCCAUCGCAGAUCUCAGAGUUCACUGACCAUAUGAGGGUCUACAGAAAUCAGAGACGGAUAUAAACGCAGAAGAGAUGACUCAAUCACUGAGCAAUCACUCUGUAGAGAGAUGACUGACAGUUGUAUCAAUUCUCCUCACCAGGGUUGACUGCCUUCAGGAAAUGCUGGCCCCUAAAGGGUUGGAGAAAAACUUGACUGCUGGGCCAGUUGACUCUGGCUUUAUUCUGCUGCCAGGAAGCACAUCUUGAGAACGAUAGUCUGGAUGCAGAUAUGGUUUUGCUGCAUUGUGUUCUCACAGCCCAAGCAUGCCCUUAUGAGCUUCUAAGUAAAGCCGUGACCUAAUGCAACUGGGCAGUACGUAUCCACGCCUCCAACCAGUAUUAUAGACCUUGGGAAUGUAUCAGAAUGUGGAAGUUACUAGGUUUGUCAAACCAUCACUUCACCUCAGGAGUUCAAGCUUCAGAAGAGACCUGCACACACUAGGGCUUCAUCUCAAGAUCACUACAACACCAUCUCUUCCACACACAGAAUGGGUUUGCUUCUUUCGUCUACUCCAUUGGUUCUCAACCUUCCUAAUGAUGCAACCCUUUAAUACACUUCUUCAUGUUCUGGUGAUGCCCCCCCAACCACAAAAUUAUUUUGUUGCUACUUCAUAAUUGUAAUUUUGCUACUGUUAUGAACCGUAAAAUAAAUACCUGAUAUGCAACCCACCAGGUUGAAAACCACUGCCCUAGGCCAGCCGAAGAUGAAAAUGAUUUACACACAGUACAACAGAUACUGCCAAAGGCUGUGGGUUUGCAACUCAUGUAAGUAGCAGAAGAAUAUGCAUACUAAAGGUUUUCACUAGUGGACCACAUGCCCCACCAUCUAAGGAAUAUUCUAAAAAGAUAUGGCAUUCUCUUCAUCAAACCACUUAUUUAUUUUGAAAUAAAAUUACCCAUCCUCAUUCAUCGCUUUCAAUAGGAAAAAUCAGAGAUGAGAUCUUAACACUGCUUCACUCAGGAAGAGACUCACAUGACAGAGCAACUAUGAAUGCAAAGUGACAUCUUCAAGUUUAAAACCUACACCAAUCAGCUUAUUCAAGAAUGUCACAGCCAUUGCUGACCCAUGAUUCAGCUAAGUUAAGCAAUCAUGGGGAAAGAACUAUAUGUACUUCGUAUCCCUAUAAAUUGUAAAUGCUAAAAAUGUUAAAGAACUCAAAGAAGUAUUUCUCCAAAAGGUUGUCAAGAGAAUCUAGAUCUUCUAUGGCUUAUUUUCAAGUCUUCAGGGUUAAGUCAAGGAGUGUUCUUUACCCCAGUCUUCCUAAGACAGUGCCUAUAUAUUGGACAAAAAGUCCAAGGAUAGCCUAUCAUUGCAUUAAACCUUUGUACCCAACUCAUCACCACCAGGUAUGAGUUGCCCUGUCACUUAAAUAAUUUCUCAACAAUGACCCAAAGAGCUCCACAGUCAAGAUGGCAAAUGGCAGAGUGACUUCGUGUCCAGGCUGGUGAAAAAACAAAAAGCUGGAAAGGCCAUUUGGAGGACUAUCCUAAACCUCUCCUGUGUAAUGAUGCCAGCAUGAGGCAGAAGGACUUGAGUAUCCUACAGAAAAAUUGAUAUGGUCAUGCGAGAGGUAGGAGGAUAGGGUAUAGGUAAUCCUACCAAUCAGGUAUAAGUUGCUCCAGGUGAAAAGAUUCACCAAAACUUGGAUUUCGCCCCAUCCCAACCCCAACCCCAUUUUCCCUAUGACACUCCCUGUCUGUAAUCCCAGCAAUAUUCUAAAAAAUAACGGAGCAUUGGCUCUAGCAGAUUGGAGUUUAGGUGUUUGCUUUUUCCCAGAAGUCCUUAAAGGACCUUGAAGCAGGUCACCAUGCUUGCAAAUUAAGUUUAAGCAACUCUACCUCCUGGCAGAAGGACAGAAUCCAAAUCGCAUGCAGUGCAAUUCGAAGCUUUCAGAAGCACGGGCAGUACACAGUAGGAACAGAGAGAGUCUCACCCCAGAAGGAAAAGAGGGAUAGGAAAACCAAAGGAAAAUGCAACACCCAAGCCCUUACAAAAACCCAUGCUCUACUCAGAACUCUGAUGCUGCUUUUUUCUUGCCUGACCAACCAACUCCCUUUGCCUGUGAUGGGCCCAUUUUUACAGUUUCCCACGUGCUGGGGAGCCUGGGCCAAUCUGGUCACAAGUGGCCACUUUUGCCAUUCUUCAUGGACCAAACCAACUGUGUGACUGUCUGAUAUGCCACCUCACUCAGAGGGAAGCUCUAACGUUCCCUCUAUAAUGUAAUGCUAGUAACUGUAUGUAGUAUAUGUUGUAUGUGUAUAAUCUUUGUACUGAUAGACCGGAAACAUGUCAUCAUUUUUUUAGAAAGAAAAAUAAACUUGGUUUUUCCAUAGUUCCCUACCAA